UAGCACUUCGUAUGAGCGAUCAUAACCUAAGAAUUUAAUUUUCAUGCGAAUUCGCUUUCAUUUUACAUCGUGUUAUGUGGAUGUAAGUUCGUACAGUUAUUGCAAAUGUGAAUAAUAUUAAACAGAGAUUUAGUAAGUGUUGAGUGUUUGUGGUUUUCAUUAUAAUCCGUCGGUAAUGUGUUUUGUGUAAAAAUGUCAAGAAUUAUCAUCGAAAUGUAGGCUGAACGUCUAGCGUCGAAAAAAUUUUGAGCUUGUUUGAAGAAUAGAACAUGCAAUUGAAAAUGAAUCAAUUAUAACAUUUUGAAAAUGGAUACAAAAAGUCUUCAGAAAAAUAAACAACCAAAAAAGAUGAAAACUGCCAAGGAUAAGCAUGAAGUAUUUGUACUUCCUCCGGACCUUUUGAAGAAACUUGGCAUUAGUAUAGGAAACAUAAAUGUGAACCAAGUGAAUUCUUCUACACCUGCCAUUGAGCUGCCCAGCAAUGAAAAUAUCAAUAAUGGGUACCUCGAAAAUAUUCCAAAUCAAAAUUGUAGUCAGAUGCCAUCUGACAACUCUAUUUUGGAAACUGCUACAUUAAUGAAGAAAUCAGUCUUUUUGAGCCCUACAUUUGUUCCAACUAUUGCUAAUGGUAUUCCCGAAGAAAUCAAAAUUACAAACAAAAGUUUUGUUCCAGAAACUGUUACUGAAACAAACUUGCCAGGUCCUGAACCUGUGAGUUCCAUUGAAGUUUUGAAUGUCUCUGAUGACAUUACAGAAGAAUGUCUCCGUGGAGAUAGUGCUAAUUUACAGUUUGAUAUUUCCUUCAAUGGAGUACCAACAUCUCUGAAUGGACAUGAAAUGGAAAUUGAAGAAAAUAUGAAUGUGAUUUUAGAAGACCACAUAGCACAAGUAGCAAACGGCGAUAUUAAUUCGUUUAUUGAUGACCAAUCAUUUGAAAUAAAUAGUGAUAUAGAAUUGACCGUAAAUUCCACAGACACAGAUCCAAAUCCAAUGUCCAAUGGUGAAAAACCCAUACAAAAUACAUCUAAAAUAAACAUUAUCUCUGAAGAAACAAUCCCUCUUUCGAAACUUAGAGAACUGAAAUCUUUAAAAUUAUGUAAUGUGAAAAAUUUAACACCUAUUACAGUGCAAUCUAUAAUUGAAACAAAAACGAAUCAUGAAAUCAGUAAAUCUGAAGAACAGAUGAAUGUUCCAAUCAUUACAGUGCCUUUAGAAAUUAAAAAUAUUAAACCAAGCUUAGAUUUAGAGGAAAAUGUUGAAAAUAUACAGACUGAAGCCACAAUUUUCAAAAUAACAGAGAACACUCCAGUUGUGAUUGAGGAAACUAUAAAACACACUAAUAACAAAUCUGUAACAAAGGAGUCAUGUAACAUCAAGAAAAUACAUUCAGAUAAAAAUAAUUCUAGUGUUGUUAAGGAUGAAAGUAAUGUAAGUGAUAUAAAUAAAUCAGACAACCUGUCAGACAGUCAAUCGAAUUUGAAUACAGUAACUAAAACGGUUACCAAAGAAAUAGAUAAAAAUGAAAAUAUUUUCCAGAAUUGUAAUGGGAAGACUGAUGAAAAUGAAGAUUCAAAUUUAGAUUGCACUGUAAAACCAGACAUUGUUGAAAAUCAUAAAGAAUUAGAUACAGUGGGGACACAUAGUACUGAACAAACUAUUAUUGAGCAAAAGCAUGGCAUGGAACCUAAAGUAAUGUCUAAAUCCAAAUCUGCAGUUAAGAAAGACAGUAAACAAUCUGAUACAGAACCUGAAGAUGAGAAAUCAGAACACCUUGAAUUAGCUAGUAUUUUAAAUGCAACUAAAACAUUGGCAAACAAUAAUGCAGAAAUUAAAGUAGAUAAAGUUAAGGAGAUAGCUGCAUAUUUAAAGAAGUUUUCCCACAUUUACACAGACAAAAAUAAAUCAAAGAAAGCUCUUCAGAAUGUUCCAAAUACAAAGAAAACUAUUAAUUUAAAGACAAACACAACUGAAUCCAAAUUAAGCAUCCAAGGAGUAGAAAAGCCUGGUGGAAGCAAAAAAGAUAAAGAACACACUGGUGAGUGCAAGGUCGUUAAAACCUACGCUAGGCAAAUUCUUCCGAAACGGAGUAAUAAGUCCACACCUAAGUUGCAUUGUCAUGCAAAACAAGAUGUGAUGGUGGACCAGGAAUUGGAUGCAGUAAAUGUUGCGACAUCUAAUAAAAUCCAGGAAUUUUGUUUGUGUUAUGAUUUUGGCCGUUUAGCUUACUAUGAUAGUGAUAAUUCAUAUGAGCACAUACAUUUUAAGAAUAAUAAUAGCGCUAAUUGUGAAUUAGCUACAAUAUUUUCUAUAUACAGUGAUGAGCCAGUUGUAAAUAGAGAUAGAGACGAAGUAGACGAAGAGGAUAAGACUGAAGAAAAUGUAGAUAUUUCUGUUUGUUGGAAUUUAUUUGAAAACGAAUUUUGUGAAAAUAUAAAUGAUUCGGAAGCAGGACCAUUAUUAGUUGAUGAUUGCGUCGUAGAUGAUGCUUCUCCUAGUGACAUUCAAGUGUCACCUGUAAAUAAUACAGUUCCCGAUACAAAUGAUGGAACUGUGUCUGAAAUUCAGCCUGAGGUUCAAAUUGUGAAUAAUUCUGAUAUUAUUUUAGACACCAAUGACCAUGAUAUGGUUGAAGCUGAAACCAAAAAAUGCAAUAGUGUUAUAGAUGUAGGCAAGCCUUUGAGUGCUAAUGUACAGGAUAGUAGCAGUUCUGCAGACAGUGGGCAUACAAGUACUAAUCCAGGAAGUCCUCGAUCUAAUGUUAUGCCCACUGCACCACAAACAGAACCAGGAUCUUCAGAGAUAAGUAACAUCAUGCCACAGACAUCCAACCAUGAUGAGAGUAAUAAGGAAGUUCAGAAAACUACCGCCAAGGAAGCAAAAGUUGCUGCAGCUAAACCUGCUGAAAAGAAUUCUCGAAAGCGAAGUUUCUUAGGCAAAGAUAAGGGUGAGCCGUCUUCAAAGAAGAAUAUAAAGUGUGCAAUUUGUGAAGACUUGUUUUCUCAUGCAGAAUGGGACGACCACGUGGCCAACGAACACGAUCUAAUCGCUUGGAAAGUUGGCUCUCGUAUUUAUUUGGACGAUCGAGAUUUAGUGCGCAAGUUGAAAGAAAAGUUGAAGGCCGAUGGCAAGUUGGUGUGCAGUUUAUGCGGUAUGACAACGAACAGAUUUAAUCGGUUCAACGAUCAUGUUAAAUACUGCAUACAGAAAAAGAUGUCUGGCGAAAGUGAAAAAGUUGAGAAGCCCACCCGCAAAUCAAGAGCGCCCGUGGAAGAAAAUGUAACUUGUGGUGUAUGCGAUAAGACUAUGUCGUCGGAUAUGUGGUAUGGACAUAUAGGCAGGGAUCAUAACUAUUUGGCGUGGCAGAAAGGAGAUACUCCUUUAGAUUUGUCAAACGAGUCAGCAGUUUGGGAGCACUUGCAAAAUAUAAUUAGGACUAAAGGAACACUGACUUGUUCUAAGUGCGGGCUCAAUCGUAGCCGUGUUAAGCUAUUUUUGGCGCAUGUCAAGACUUGUGAUGGCACUAAGCAUUUAUUGGAUUCUGGGAUAAGUACGGACUUGAAUGCGUCAGUUUCUGAUGAUGCCGCCCUGGGACAAUCGGGACAAAAGGGGAUUGUGAAGUGUGGAGUGUGCCAAGCAGAGAUGGUGAACUCAGCUUGGAUGGACCAUAUAUCGAAGAAACAUAAUUAUUUGGCCUGGCCGCAGGGACAGACUCCUAUGGACUUUGGUGACGAAGAAGUAGUGUGGAAUCAUUUGCAGCAGUUUGUCAGGAGGUAUGGCGGACUGACAUGUCACAAGUGUGGCAUUGUACGUAAACGGGUCAAAUUGUAUUUGAGUCAUAUUGAAGAGUGCGAUGGUUCUGAAAAUAGCCAAGCGGACAUUUCGUUUGCCAACGAAAGUUUGAAUACUACAACUCAGUCUCAGUCGGCUGAGGACUGGUACGAAGUGCCGGUGGUACAGGAAGAAAGGAAAGUCAUUAAAUGCGGGGUUUGUAACGAAGAGGUUACCAUCGUGGACUGGUUACAUCACAUUGGCAAGGAACAUAACCAUCUGGCGUGGAAAGAGGGUUGCAAACCAGUGAAUCUAGACGAUGAGUCGGCUGUAAAAAUGCAUCUUCUAGAAAUUUCUAGACAGAACAAUGGUUUGAAAUGCUAUAAAUGCGAGAAAAAGAUCAAGUAUCCUAAAGUAUAUUUGCAACAUAUAAAAGAAUGCAAUGGUGGCGUGAACACUUCUGUAUCAGAAAACGUUAACGUUAGUUGGAUUGAAGAUUUUAAUAAAAAAGACGUAAAAGAUGAGAUUCUAACCUGCGGCGUGUGCGCAGCUAAAGUAGAAGGCUCUGAAUGGAUCUCGCAUAUAGAGACUCUUCAUCAGUACCUGGCGUGGGUGGAGGGACAGCCACCUAUUGACUUGAAUAACCAGACAGCCGUGCAGCGUCAUUUGUACGAUAUGACUAAAGUGUUGGGCGGUCUGGUCUGCAACAAGUGUGGUCUCAAGAGGAAGUACGUCAAGUCGUUCCAGGAACAUAUUGCGACAUGCGAUGGGAGAAGGAAACUUACUGAUGUCUCUCUGGAGUUGAUGAGUAAAGAGAUCAUAGAGUGUGGUGUGUGUGGAAAAACAAUGCCUCCCAAGGAAUGGAAGACUCACUCCAUGGGGGAACAUUACAACAUCGCUUGGGUGGUCGGAGAUCCUCCCAUUGAAAUAAACAACCCCUAUGCAGUGGAGAGUUAUCUAAAGGAAUACCAGUUUGCUCACCACAAGCUGAUUUGUAAGGUGUGUGGCAUCAGCAGAGUGUCCUACGUCGGGUUCUACGCACACAUCAUUGUCUGCGGGAAGUCGGAAAAGGAAACGGAGAUAUAUAAAAGCAUGUGCGAGAUAUGCAACAAUAAGUACCUGCGUAUAUACAAGAGUCAGCACAUGACUAUGCACAAGGAGAAGGAAUUAGCGAUAGAGCGUAGGAUACUGGCAGAAAAAGAGAAAGAGUUGAAGAAAGAGGAAGAACUUAAGGACGACGUCAUUCAACCUGGACGCAGGAAGGCAGCAGAGAAAGCAAAGACCGUGAUUGAAAAGUAUAAAAACAGUCUUCACCAUGGUAGCCAUCGUUGUACGAAGUGUAGAUUUAGUACAGACGUUGAGAAAGAGUUGUUAGAUCACGUGUGUGUGGAGAAAUGGGAUGAUGGAAGUGACUCCGAUGUUUCUGUCAAGCUGGAAAUGUGUUCGGAAGAUGAAACGGAGUCUGAAACCGACACUGAGGUGGACUCCAACGUAUCUGAUGAGGAGCAGGAAGCUCGUGAGGAGUUCAUGAUCAAGAAGAAGAAGCACUCGGAUAGCCAUGCUGCAAAAAUAAUUCGAUUACCAUACCAAGUGAAGAAUAUAAGCGUUUAUAUGAAGAGGAGUACUGAAGAAUUUAUCGACAGGUAUCUAACAGAUGAGAUUUUGUUCCCGAUGUGGCAUAACUGUUUGUUGGAGGAAGUACCAGAGAGUGAGAUCGUUAAUUACAUGCCACCACUUGAAGAGUCCUGUAAAGUCAGGUUCGAUGAUACCCACGACUGGACGACGUUCAAACGAUUCGAAGCGCAGAGCACCAAAGAUUUAUUAGUAAUGUUCGUGGGUGCGAGUAUUCAAGCUAUAUCGUGGGCACCUUCGAACCCGGACACGGAGAUAGCUUGCAAUCAGUCUCAGUUCUUGGCCGUGGCAAUACAUCGCGGGCCUGAUGCACCGCGCCACGUCUGGGACACGACUCCGGUUGAACCGGGGCUCGUGCAGAUAUGGGACUGCGGGAAUUUGAUUUCGUCUACACCACGACUUGCGCUUGGAAUAACGCACGACUUUGGAACAGUGUGGGCCAUCGACUGGUGCCCGUCGGGAGUGAGGGAUAUGUUAGAAGACUUGCCCAAUACAAACAACAUGCCAAGACUGGGGCUACUCGCUGCAGCCUGCUCUAAUGGAACCGCUUACAUCUUCGCUGUACCAUACCCAUCGACUGUCACUGAGAAGGAACAACCUUUUUAUAAACUGAAGCCGGUUGUUGAACUCAGAUUAACAAAUGGAAAUAGAAGGGUGUAUCAGGCCACUGCUAUCAAAUGGUCUAUGCAAAAAGGACAUUCUCAAGUUGUAGUAGGGUAUGCCGAUGGUACAACGGCUUACUACGAUUUGAAUAGUGAUUCGCCCCUACUACGGAGCAUGGAAAAUGACGUCACAAUAUUUUACCCCUUCCACGAUGAACGCGCUCAAAAUUCCUCCAUCGAGGACGUGGCGCUGUACCCGGGCGGCGCUGGCUGCGUCCGCGGCGCGGGCGCGGUGUGCGCGGGCAGCGUGAGCGGCGCGGGCGGCGGCGCGCUGCAGUCGCACGUGGCCGCGCUGCGCCUGCUCUACCCGCCGCACUGGCCCGCCGCGCUGCUCGCCGGGGACGACUGUCUCGUGAACCAGUCCAUCAACGAGUUGGAGUGGUGGGGCGGGGGGCGGCGCCUGGGCGGCUCGAGCCGCGCGGCGGGGUGCCAGUGGUGCGGCCGCGUGGUCUCCGCCGCGCCGCCGCUGCUCAAACUGCUGAGGAUGCAUCCCUGCUUCCCUGACGUGCAUAAACAGGUUGUAGGAAAGUUCCAAAUGAUUCCACUGGGCAAUAAACGCAAGCGUCAGACGGACGAUCUGUCGCUGGUAGUGGAGCCGCUCACGUACUCCGAGUCCGCCAAGAAGUACGGCCUCGAGUUCCAACAGGUCACUACCAGAGACCGGUCCGCGCAACAGAAGCUGACUUCGUUACCACGAGAGGCAUUCCCUGAGCGAUUCCCGCUGUCUGACGUGGCGGCCAUGGCGUUCUGUCCCAUCCUCAAGCAACAUCAGAAGCUAGCCGUGGCCAUGCACGUCGGAUUCAUCAUCAUCAUGAACGUAUGAUACUCGUCUACACAUAGUACCUAAUAAAUAUUGUAGAAAGAACCUCGUAUGUAAUAUUUUCAUCAAGCUAAACUCGACCGAAAUUAAUAAGCAAUCUUGACCCAUUUUUUGAUAAUCUAGAUGGACGUCUUCAGUUUAUAAAUUAGGUGAAGCGUUUCAAAUACAAGUCAAUGCGUUGAUUUUUGGUGCUAUCUAAGAAUAAUAUUCGGAGAUAGAGAUUGUGCUCCAUUAUUAAUUUCGGCGAUGGUACAGCUCAGCAUUAUAACGCCGACCAAUAUUUAUUUGGCAUCAGAUUCAAAUUGUGUAACCUUUCGGAUCCCAGGGGUGACUCUUUGGAUAAGACUAUUUAUAAGAUAUGUAACGCAAUGUUAUCGAAAUGAUUGAGUGAGUGACAUUUAAUUUAUAUUAUCGUGACUUCCUAAAUUGGAAGGAUGUUUGGUUGAAUGAAUGUCUGUGUGCUGCUGUGGUUUUAUAUUAUAACGGUGUUUAUGUGGCCUAAGUCUUAUAAUUAAAUUAUGUGCGCCGAGCGUUACAAAGCGUUCGAUCACAACAGUAAGCAGCUUUGGCCCGUCUAUAAGUAGUGGUGUGACUCACUGCUGUCAAGAUGAUGCAAGAGAUGUGUCGAGUUUGAUUCUCAUAUCAGUUAUAUCUGAACACAGAAAACAGUUAUCAUGAAUGAAUGUUUAGGAGAAUACCAAAGAAAAAACGUAGAAUGUAAAAUUUCACGAAGUAAUCAUUGCUAGCGUUUUGUCAUUCAAAUCAUGGGAAGAAAAGAGAGCAGCACAAAGUGUCAUGUUUGUGGGGGGUGAUUCAAGUGCUUCCAGUACAUGUUAGGUAGAUUUGCUGUGACAGCAUGAUAAAGGAAUUUAGCUGAGAAAUUUGGGAUUUCGUAAAGACCGGCGCAUGAUGAAAUUCGAGAUAACGCAAGAUAGUACGCAAAAAAGUCAAGAUAGGAAGAUGGUAUCCGCGAUCUCCGUAUAUACCAGUUUCUAUUGGUUAUUGAGGGGAUAGGCUCGGUGUUAUGUCCAACAUAUCAUGCGAUGGACGUUAUCGAUAUGAGUGAUUACUUUGUUUGUGACCGAUAGGAGAAACGUCACAGAGUGAAGAGAAAAUAUUCGUUUCAAUGCCGGUACUGACUAAUGGUUCCGAGGGCUAAGCUUAGCGAGACAUUAGCUCAGUUGGUACUACGUUUUAUUAAAAGGACGUAAAGUUAUUAAAGAUAACAAUUUGUUAUUAGUUGUUUGUAUCGAAAAAUUAAUGAGACUAAUCGAUGUUUUAGUAUUUAUUGUGUUUUGCAGAAAAAGUAUGUAAAAAGAACAAAUUCUUGCGACGUGGAAAUGUAUAAUUGUUUUUAUACGACGCCAACUCGUUUUAACAAAAUGUGAAUUAUCGACUGUCUAACAUAUUUAUUACCUAAACAUGUCUGCAUGUAUAUACUUUCUUUUAAGAUUAAUAACAUAAUUUUAACAUUUUAUGAUUGAAUAUAAUUUUAUUCUUGCAAUAUUAUGUUGUCCAUUUAUAUUUUUGUUUUUAAAAAUGGUCGAUAAUCUGAUGAUUUAAACGCCACUAAGGGUAAAUGUAUAUAUUCCUGAGUUGUAUUUAUUAGCUUAUAAAUAUUGUUUAAGGAUUUAGAUGUUAUGUGAAAUCACAUAAAUAUGUAAAUUUUAUUUUUGUUAUGUAUAUUAAGUACGUAUAAGUUGGAUAUCCGGCCGCUACAUUACUUUGAUUUAGCUAUGAUACAAUUAUAUGGAUAUGUCUUUCGAAGUAAAUUUACUUCAAAGUGGUUGGUACAUAGGUACCUAACAGUUGAUAUUCUGCAUUCAGUGUUCGUUACACCAUCAAUAAUUAGCUAUUGGGCUAUUGGUAAAGCCAUGUCCAUAUAAUGUUUUCUUUAAAAUAAUUUGAAUUAACCAAACUAGCGGCCCAAUAUCAAAUCUAUAAAAUGUUGCGUCUUGUUUCUAACUUCUUUAAGUUUGUGCGUAAUCUGUGAAAAUAGUUUUUAUUACUUUCUGCAUUUACAUAUUUUUUACAAUAGCAACAACGAAGGUAAACUUUACUGCUACACAACUACAAAGUGGUUUUUAUUCCAUAGACGAGCAGUAGACACAGUUAUUAAAUUGGCGGAUUCUCGACCUUACGUCUAAUGGGAGAAAUUCCAAAAUUGAGUGCGUUCGCAAUGAUGACGCACUUAUUAACUCAUACUCGAUUUUAAGCUUGUUCAUUUCAACCACAAUAAAUUGUUGUGGUGUGGCGACAAGCUUUCCUUGACGACAAUGUACAGAAUGCGUCAUUGGUGACAAUUUUUCUUCAUUGUCCACCCUUUUUCAGUGGAAAUAUAUUUUCCUGUCUACUGUAGGUAGAUUUGAGUUUUAAACAAUCAUUAGUAGGUGUCAUAUUAUAUUCUAUCCGAAUAUAUCGUGUAUAUUUAUAUGGGUUCAAUUUGUAAAUCCGUUAUUUUAUAAACAUCACAUUAUUUUAAACUUAAUUUGCCAAAAAUGUAAGGCUCAAAGGCUAUUCAGUGUCUAAAAACUUGCAACACUUAUAAUCUCAGUUGCCAUUAAAAAUAAUACUUAUUAAUUAUAUUAUAUGAGGCGAUUAGUAAUAUCGAAGUAACCGUGUAUUGGUAGAAUAUGUAGAUUAAGAUAUUUAUUCUUAGGUAAUAUCAGAAACUUUAUAUCGGAUUCUACAGUGAUAUUAUUAUUUAACUCCCUUGUAUAUCUUGUUUGAUUGUGAUACGCUUGUUGCAAAUAAACCUUUUUUAAAUAUAAA